UCAAAAAGUUUUGCAGAACGACUUCACGAAUAUUUUUAUUUAUUACGCCGUAUAAUGUGCCUAACAGCUUGGUAUGGCAUAACACAAGUCGACUAUGAGAAACAGAAGUAAUUCAGGCGUCCGAUUAGACUAUUAUCAGAGAGUUGUAAAUAAGACGGUACUCAGACAUCAGCACCCAGUGACAGGACUAUUGCCUGCCACCCCAGGGCACUCAGAUGCCUGGGUCAGAGACAAUGUCUACUCUGUACUAUGUGUCUGGGGACUUGCCCUGGCAUAUAAGAAGAAUGCUGAUCUUGAUGAGGAUCGGGCUAAAGCCUUUGAAUUGGAACAGAGUGUUGUAAAAUUGAUGAGAGGCCUCCUUAACUCAAUGAUGCGUCAAGUUGAUAAACUGGAGAAAUUCAAAUAUUCUCAAUCAAAGGAUGAUGCCCUACAUGCUAAAUAUAGUGUUAGCAAGGGUAGCACUUGUGUAGGAGAUAAUGAGUGGGGCCACUUACAAAUAGAUGCUACAUCUUUAUAUCUUCUUAUGUUAGCUCAAAUGACAGCCUCAGGGCUACAAAUAGUGUUCACAUUAGAUGAGGUGGCCUUUAUACAAAACUUGGUGUUCUAUGUGGAAGUGGCUUACAAUAUACCUGACUACGGCAUCUGGGAGAGGGGAGACAAGACAAACCAUGGUCUACCAGAGUUGAAUGCAAGCUCAAUUGGGAUGGCCAAGGCUGCACUGGAAGCUCUAGAUGGCUUAGAUCUAUUUGGGGCCAGGGGAGGACCUAACUCAGUCAUACACGUGUUUGCUGAUGAAGCCCAACAAUGUGCUGCUAUAUUAGAGUCUAUGCUACCAAGGGAGUCAAAUUCAAAGGAGGUUGAUGCAAGUCUGAUGAGUAUUAUAGGAUUCCCAGCUUUUGCCCUUGAUGACCCUGAGAUCAUAGACCUUACUAGGGAAACAGUUAAAGAAAAGUUGCAAGGAAGAUACGGAUGUUGCAGAUUUCUGAGGGAUGGGUACAGGACAGCAAAAGAGGAUCGUAAUCGGCUGCACUAUGAACCCUGGGAAUUGAAGAAAUUUGAACAUAUAGAAUGUGAAUGGCCAUUGUUUUUUGCCUACUUUGUCCUUGAUGGUAUCUUUACUGGUGAUAUAAGACAGGCUGAGGAGUAUGUCAAGCUGAUGGAAGAGCUGAUGAUAACAGGAGAAAAAGGGAUUAAACUUAUGCCAGAAAUGUACACAGUUCCAGCAGAUAAGGUUGAAGCAGAAUACAAGCAGCCACAUAGUCAAGAGAGGAAGGCUAUUGGUAAAAUGCCUCACAUGUGGUCCCAGUCGUUAUAUGUGCUUAGCAGGCUGCUACAUGAGGGUUUCCUCUCCCCAGGAGAAUUGGACCCCUUGAAUAGACGUUUAUGCACAGAACCAAAACCAGAUUUAGUAGUACAAGUUGUAAUCCUAGCAGAAGACAAGCACAUUAAGGAUAGUCUAGCACAGUAUGGUUUAAGUGUCCAGACUAUAGCCGAGGCAGCCCCAAUUCAAGUGCAUCCAGCCAGAGCAUUGAGUCAUAUAUACUCACAACUAGGAAAAAAUGAAUGUUUAGGCUUAUCUGGUCGGCCUUCUUCUCAUGUUGGUCUCCUAGCAACCAGUAAAUUAUACAUGAUCCAAGGCCAGAUAUUUGCCUUUACCCCACAGUUCCUGGAUUUGCAGCAAUUUUAUCUUCCCCUAGACAGCAAUCUGCUAGUGGAUAUGUUCAAGACUGAUAUAGCUUAUUUACGCGAGGCUUGGAACAUCCUGGGCCGUCCCACUGUGCUCUUUCCUAUCGUGAACUCUCUCCUAGAUUUCAACAAGACACUGAGUUCAUCUCUGAUAGCAACCAUUAAGAAGCUACAGGCUGGUUACAUUAAUGGGACUAGGGUGCAGAUUGGAAAUCUCUCUGAGUUCCUCACGACAUCUUGUGUCUCUAAUCUUACAUUUCUUACAGAAGCUGAAGAGGCAGUGUUGUUACGAACUAUUACAAAUAUUGGAAGUAUGACAUGCCCUCGGCCGCACCUGCCUAGUGGUGCUAAAGGCAAGAGUCCCAGAGGUGGUAGUAGGCGGAGGUCAAGGUCAAAUUCAAUCCAUGGGAUUAUAAAAAGGACAAGAUCCAUCCAGAUUGACCCAAAUGACCCAGCUUACUUACACAGCCAUGUGAGCCUGCGCUUGACUGAUCCCAUAAGUAGUUGGAGUAUAGGGUCCUGUACAGAUCUUCAGAAGUUGCAGCUGCAGUCUAGUGGUAGUUCCUUUACAUCAUCAACUAUGACAUCACCAAACCUGAGCUCUGCAUCUAGUAUGGGUAACAUGCAGGAUAUCCUUCAUGAGCCAACAUCUCCUACUGACAUUCGCCCCAGUGGUAGCCAUGGUGAGGAGGAGUGGUUCCACAGAGGAGAAUCUGGUGUGUACUCUGACAUUGAAUACCAAGAGCUUGUGGAUCAACUGCGGGAAACUGAAUCUCUACAUGAACAGGCAGACAUCAUACACUACCUUUGGGUAACCAAGGGCUCAGACUGGGACACCCAGAUUGGGGGUAAAGCUGGAUGCACUGUCACUGAGUUGCUCAAGGAGCUAUAUGAAAAGGCUGGUCAUUUAAAGCAGUGGUGGUUAGUACGGCACACGGCAGGUAUGUUACGUAAACGGGUAGAAGACCUGGCCAAGGCAGCCACAGAUAUUCUAGUCCGACAAAAACAGUUGUCAGUUGGUCUGCCCCCUGAGCCAAGGGAGAAAAUAAUAACAAGACCUCUACCUCCUGAUGAACUUGCUGCAAUAAUCCAUGACGCAUGUGGAGAAGACAUCAGCACUGCAAUGCUUACUCAAGAAAUCCUUGUCUAUCUUGCCAUGUUUAUACGCACAGAGCCAAAACUUUUCCAUGAGAUGUUGCGUCUGAGAGUGGGUUUGAUUAUACAAGUCAUGUGCUCAGAGUUGGCCAGGACACUUAAAUCAUCAGGAGAAGAUGCCUCUGAUCAUCUUUUAAAUCUGAGUCCCUUUGAGAUGAAGACACUGCUGCACCACAUCCUUAGUGGCAAGGAGUUUGGUGUAACUAAUGAUGAAACUGAACAGUAUGGUAAGCAGCUGUCCAUCAUGUCUCUACAGGGUAACAAGUCUGUUCAAUCUGCGAAGAUGAGAAUCAAGGAAGAGAUGAAGACUGUAGGAGGAACAAGUGGUGGAUUUAACUUGGACCCAAUUACAGGAAAUAUAGACAGUGACGCCAUGGCAACAGAUCGUCAAGGACAAUGGCUACGUAGACGACGUCUUGAUGGUGCGCUAAAUAGAGUCCCAGUGGGUUUUUAUCCACGUGUCUGGAAAGUCCUAUCAAGGAGUGAAGGUUUGACAAUAGAUGGCCACACUCUACAACCAACUCUCACAAAUGAGAUGACUCCUGGGGAGUUGAAGUUUGCUCUACAAGUGGAGAUGGUGUUGAACAAGAUUCCUCAGCCUGAAUAUCGUCAACUGAUGGUAGAAGCUUUGAUGGUGCUCACCCUUUUAGUGGACAAUGAUGGUGGUCUUGUACAAAUGACAGAUGCAAUACAUAUAGACAGAGUUGUCUCCAAAGCCAAUACCAUAUUUUUAGAAGACCAGAAGCAAGCGCAGGCAGAUGCCACAUUAUGCUGUGUUGUUCCUGCAGGUCAUGGCAGACCAGUCCCUCUUGCAUGUGGAGGCACAGCAGGAAUAUGUCAGCAUUUUUAUGACAGUGCCCCAAGUGGCCGUUAUGGGACAAUGGUCUAUUUAUGUCGGGCUGUGGCAGACAUUUUACAUUUUCCAAUUCGGGACAAUGGAGAACUGGACUGUGUUAUAAGCUGAGUGAACAUAGAACAAUGUAUUUUCCAUCUUUCUGAUUUUGUUGCACAAUUGAAAUGUGUUAACCGUUGUAGGAAUGAUAUUUUUUGUAUUAUUUCUUUGAAUAUAUAUUAUUAUUCAUUUGUAUACAUAUGCUUAACAUGUUCAAAUGAAAGGGCUUUGUCAAAUUGUUGAAAAUGUUUUGGUGAUGUUAUAAGAAACUAGUAGACAUUUUGUGCAGUUUGCAUAGAAACAAAUACAUUGCUCUGGCCAGAGGCUAGAAGUUAUUACUGUAAUAAUGACCUGCUGUAAAGUGGAUAGCAAUUUUUUCAUGUGUGAAAUUAAUACAAGGUACAGAAAAUGCAGUGACUUUAAUUUAGGUAGCUGUAUUAUGUGGAACUUAAUUUGAUUGAGUAAGAAGACCAAAGGAUUCCACUUAUUGAAAUGUGUAAAAAAUGAAGCGAGUCUUAGGAUACAGUGUUUAUCCUGCAGGAAAUAUGUGCAUAUACACAUAUUUCCCUUGGGAUAAACCCUGUAUCCAAAACCUCCCAGUACAUAACCCUUAUGUAUCUAAAAGUUCUGUGAUAUUGAACACUUUUGAAUAUACAU